AUGACAGCACCCAGCAUCACCGCACCAGAACCCGGUAUGACCCUGACAGCCGAGGAACAUGCAGCACUGGGUAUCAAAAAGGCAUCAACAUGGACCGAGGACGACCAGCAGUACGAAAAGUGUACACUUGUGACCGUCAAAGGUGACUACGAGCUGCAGCUUGGUGCCGACAAGGUUUGGCAUAAAGUCCUCCGGCCGAGCCACAUUCUUCAGCGGAGGCGUCAACAUCUGGUGUCUUACUAUCGCCGUCAACGACAACUAUCUCUCGUUAAAACCCAGGACAAUGACUCAGAGGCAGCAGGUCCAUCCGGUACAGUCUCCCACCACCCAGUCGCCACCGACAGGCGAGGUGUUGCGUCUACACCCGCCGACCUCGACAGUGAUGAGGACGCUGCGGACCCUCAACGUCAAGCCAUCCUCUGUCCUGAAAAGCUCCUCCCUGACAUGGGCGACUCCAAACCAGUGUCCUCUUUCCCCGACAAUGCCCCUGCCCCUCACAUACGUCAGCCAGGUAGUCCACAGAACUAUUCUACACUUGUCAACCAAGACCUUAUUGCUCUUCUCCUUGAGCGUGACCAUCAACUUCAGCAACGAGACGAGGAUGUCGACGAGUUGAGGAACAAGCUGGUCGCCGUUCGCAAACUCGCCCUCGAGUCUCGCGACCUGGGUUCCAAGUCGAGUGACUUGGCACUGAAGAUGUUUGAUGAGGCCGAGCUUUAG